AUGACCACGACCACGACCAUCGAGCUUGGCCCCGUCCGCACAUACCCUGGCGAACCCGAGGUCGGCCCCUCGCUCCCGACGACGGCGGCCCCGUCCAUCCGCAGCGAGUACAGCGGGCGCUCGGGCAGCCGUGAGCGCCGUGCGUCCGUGUUCGAGGCCGGGGGCGAGCCCGCUCCCAUGUCCGGCGAGCUAGUGACGCCGGCGCUCCCGCCCGCCGACAAGGGCAUGGACGCAUGGCGCUUCCUGGUCGCGGCCACGGUGAUUGAGACGACCGUGUGGGGACUGCCGUACACUGUCGGCGUGCUGCACGUGUACUGGAGCACAAAGCUGUUUCCCAACGACGAGAGCACCCUCACCAACGCAGCGACGUUGCAGACCGGUCUGCUGUACAUCUCCGCUGCGGUCUUUGGCCCUCUGUUCACGGCCUUUCCCCGCCAGCAGCGCUACUUCCAGAUCAUCGGCCUGGUCACUGCCGUCGCUGCGCUCUUUGGCUCGGCAUUCGUCACCAAGGCGUACCACCUCCUCAUCACCAUGGGCAUCUUUUACCCGUUCGCCGGCGCGCUGUACCUCCCGUGCGCGACGCUUAUUUACGAGUGGUUUGUGUCGCGCCGCGGCCUCGCCACGGGCAUCAUGUUCGCAGGCACCGGUGUCGGCGGCACCAUCUGGCCCCUCAUCCUGCAGGCUCUGCUCACGCGGUUCGGGUACAAGGCGGCCAUGAUCUCGCUCGCGAUCGGGUGGGGUGUGCUCAAUGCCGUCUGCCUCGUGUUCAUCAAGCGCCGUGUGCCCAUCCCCAAACGCUCGGCACAGGCAAAGGGCCACCACGCACACGGCAAGAUUGACUGGUCGGUGGUCAAGACGCCGGCCUUCUGGAUCGGAUUCUUCGUGCUCCUCCUCACCAGCAUGGGCAACUUCAACCCCACACUUUGGAUCCCCACCUUUGCAGAGACCGUCGGCGUCACCCAGCCCAACGGUACCGUCCUCGUGGCCAUCAUGAACGCCGCGUCCGUCCCCGGCAACGCGCUCACCGGGUGGGUCUCGGACCGCAGUCCCGCCCGCAUCACCAUCACGGGCUCGUGCGUGCUGGCCGCCAUCUCCGUCCUCGCCCUGUGGGGCCUGGGCACGUCCCCCGCCUUGCUCGUCCUCUUCUCCAUCGUCUGGGGACUCACCGCCCUCAGCUUUGUCAGCCUGUGGUCCAAGAUGAUCAGGGGUAUCUGCAAAGACGACCCGCGCAUGUCUGUUUUGCUGUUUUCCAUGUUUGCGUCCCUCCGCGGCGUGGGAAACCUUACCUCGGGCCCCAUCUCGACGGGCCUGUUCAAGACGGGGGCGUUCCGCGGCGCCGCGGGCGGAUACGGACACACCAACUUUGGCGCCGUGCUCAUUUACACGGCGGGCACCAUCUUUGCCGGCGGUGUUGUGGGCGCCUUCUUCCCCAAGUAA